CAAAACUCAGCUCUCUUCUUCUCCUUUCUUUCAUACUCGGCUUACUUUACCUCUUUUCCCCUCUGCAGACUGCACUGCUACUUGUUCUCUUCUUGUUACAACAACCACCAUAGUUGGAAUUUAAUUUCUUACCUGGGUUGGGUAUUUGCAUUCUUUUCUGGGUUGCAUAAAUGGAUUCUUCAACCACACAACACCAGGAGAUGGUUAACUCUUCAGUUGAAAACAUAUCGGUUAGCUCAGACGGACACCAAGAGAGAAAGGCAAGACCACAACAUGAAGAAGCAGUGAAGUGCCCUAGAUGUGAAUCCACCAACACCAAAUUCUGCUAUUACAACAACUACAGCCUUUCUCAGCCAAGGUAUUUCUGCAAGUCAUGCAGGAGGUACUGGACCAAAGGGGGCACAUUGAGAAAUGUUCCAGUGGGAGGUGGGUGCAGGAAGAACAAAAGAUCAUCAUCGAAGAGGAGCCAAGAUCAACCGUUAACACCUACCAACAACCCACUCAUCACAACAACUACAACCCAUCUCCCUCCUUUGAAUUACGAUACCAAUGACCUAAGCCUUGCCUUUGCUAGGCUCCAAAACCAGCCUAGUUUCCCGUUAGGGUUCGGUGAUGAUCUCGGAAACCCUAGCAUUAACACCAAUCCCGCCAUUGUUGAUGCACUCACAAGCAGUUUCCUUGGAAACCAGAACAACAUCCACAACUUUUACUACGAGUUUGGAAAUGACAACAUGGGGUUUAAGUUUAACGGGGAACUUAUGGUACCGUACAAUAAUGAUGAAAUGAGUACUGCAAGCACAGUUACACCUACGAAGCAAGAGCUUUCCAUGGCCGACUUCGAUUCCGGAAGAGGAAACUGGAACGGGUUCAAUUCAUCCUGGCAUGGACUGCUUAAUAGUCCUCUGAUGUAGUUAAAAAGAAUGGAGUUUUCUGUUUUGUUUUUUAAUCCCUGAAACCGA